AAGCUCUGUGCUACACAGAUGACACGGCCAUGGCCAGGGCCCUGGUGCAGUCCCUGCUGGCCAAGGAGGCCUUCGACGAGGUGGACAUGGCUCAGAGGUUUGCACAGGAGUACAGGAAAGACCCCGACAGGGGUUAUGGUGCUGGAGUCAUCACCGUCUUCAAGAAGCUCCUGAGCCCCAAGUGUCGCGACGUCUACGAGCCUGCCCGGGCCCAGUUUAAUGGGAAAGGCUCCUACGGAAAUGGGGGUGCCAUGCGGGUGGCUGGCAUCUCCCUGGCCUACAGCAGUGUCCAGGAUGUGCAGAAGUUUGCCCGGCUCUCGGCCCAACUGACGCAUGCCUCCUCACUGGGUUACAACGGCGCCAUCCUGCAGGCCUUGGCCGUGCACCUGGCUCUGCAGGGCGAGUCUUCCAGCGAACACUUCCUCGAGCAGCUCCUGGGCCACAUGGAGGAGCUGGAGGGUGACGCCCAGUCCGUGUCAGACGCCCGGGAGUUGGGCAUGGAGGACCGUCCAUACUCCAGCCGCUUGAAGAAGAUCGGAGAGCUUCUCGACCAGGACACGGUGACCAGAGAGGAAGUGGUCUCUGAGCUAGGGAACGGCAUCGCCGCCUUCGAGUCUGUGCCCACCGCCAUCUACUGCUUCCUGCGCUGCAUGGCGCCCGACCCUGAGAUCCCCUCCGCCUUCAACAGCCUCCAGAGGACUCUGAUCUAUUCCAUCUCACUUGGUGGGGACACAGACACCAUCGCCACCAUGGCUGGGGCCAUUGCUGGUGCAUACUAUGGGAUGGAUCAGGUGCCAGAGAGCUGGCAGCAAAGCUGUGAGGGCUACGAGGAGACAGACGUGCUGGCCCAGAGCCUGCACCGGGUCUUCCAGAAGUGUCUGUGAGGGCCGCAGCCCAGCAGGGCCUAUUGCAGCUCAGAUCCGACGGCCUGAGGUUCCUGAGCCCAGCCCCCACAGCGUGUGCUGAGCACACAGUGGGGCUGUGGUCUGGGGAGAUUGCUGGGACAGUGAGUGAGGGGCCAGCACCUCUCCGGUCUGGGUUUCUGGCUUGCUGCAGAGUGCAGGGCACUCCCUGUGCCACGGUGGGGCCUGGGGGACCAGGGCAGGUUUUACUGGGGAGGGAGGGGUACUCAUGGCAUUUUCCUUUACUGUCUAGGACUGGGGUCUCGGGGAGGUGGAGACUGCCUGAGCAUCACUCUUCCCUGUUGGGUUUUAGCCAAUUUGCCAGAAAGCCAGUCCUCGACUGGGAGGGCCUCAGGCAGCAGCUGUGUGGCUACAGGCCGGGCACGUGCACCGGCUCACCGGGGCCCACACCUGGCCUUGUCUGUCAGGGGCUGGUUGACGGCUUCCAGAGGAUGUCACAGCA